CAUCAUAGGCAGUACAGUACAGUGAAUCAAAAAGGCACCACCUCACGAGACAUCUGCUUCAGUGACGGCAUUAGGAAGAUACCAACCAGAGGACAUGGCUGAGUGUGAGAAGACGAUGACAUUGGGUCACAGUGCACCCAAGUCAACUCAAGGGGGCUCGCCACUCUCUGUUGUCGUUAUUGGAAAUGGGCCAUCAGGCAUUUGUCUCUCCUACCUCCUCUCCGGAUACAGGCCUUACUUCAAGGAGUCUGCAAUCCAUCCAAAUCCAAUCCUACAGUGGAAGUUGCAAAAGAAUGCAGGGGUAGCCAUCACACAACAGGAUUUGGAGUUUUUGUCAGAGGGGCUUGAGGGCCGUUCCCACAAUCCUGUUGCUGUCCUGUUUGACUCACUGCUGCGUCCUGAAGCGGAUUUUGGCAUGUCUAUGGAUUCAGUGCUGAGCUGGAGACUGGAACCUGACCAGCACAUCCCUCACCUCGUUCUGGGCAAAGGUCCACCCGGAGGAGCUUGGCAUUCCAUCAAAGGAUCUAUGAUCACCCUGAGUCUCGGUGACUGGAUGGAACUGCCAGAUCUUCGAAUCAGGGACUGGAUGAGGGAGAAGAGAAGAUGUGUGAGGAAUGACAGAACCACCACAGCAGACAUCGCCCUGUACUACCAGCACUAUGUAAAGGACAAAGGUUUGCAAAGGAACAUUGCCUGUGGCACUGUGGUAACCUCAGUCAGGAAAGUUGGACCAGCUUCUCACUGUAAAGGUGAAGGUGGGAUUGCAGACACACAUUUGCCCAGGAAUCAGGCAGCAGAACCUCAGCCCUGCUCUACAAAACCCACCACAAACCUUUUUGAGAUCAAAGGCCACAUCCAAUCCACAACUGGGUUGGAAAAGACCUUUUGCAUCUAUGCGGAGAAUGUUGUCUUGGCAACAGGGACGUACGACAGCCCUGCUCAGCUUGGCAUCGAGGGUGAAGAUCUGCCCUUUGUUUCCCACACAAUCUCUGAGCUGGAAGAGGCCAUCAAGCAGCAGAGAGUGAGGCAGAACUUUGACCCCAUCCUAAUCGUUGGCGCUGGUCUGACUGCAGCAGAUGCUGUCCUCUCUGCCCAUCACAGCAACAUCCCUAUACUCCACGUGUUCAGAAGACGAGUUAAUGAUCCAGGUCUUAUCUUCAACCAACUUCCUAAAAUGAUGUACCCUGAGUAUCACAAAGUGCACCAGAUGAUGCAGGAGCAAUCAUUCUCUGCCUCUGGGCCAUAUGACGGAUACAUCAGCCUACCACAAUACCAGGUUUUAUCCUUCAAAGCUGACAACAAGUGUAUUCUUCAGAAUAUACAGUCUGGAGAAAGGAAGAUCUUCAACAUCUCGAUGGCUCUUAUCCUCAUUGGUUCAAACCCCAAUUUAUCAUUUCUUCCUGAACACGGAAGUUCACUGGGAGUAAACGUGGAGCUGCCAAUUAACUGCAGACGGAACCCCAUAGACAUAGACAUGUACACGUAUGAGAGUGUGCAGGAGCCAGGGCUGUAUGCCGUUGGGCCUCUUGUUGGUGACCAUUUUGUACGCUUUCUGCAGGGAGGAGCCUUGGCGGUCUCCAGUGCUUUAAUCAAGCGUAAACAUGACGUGGCAGAUAAACAUCCAGAUCACAACCACAGCAAAGUUUGUCAGGGUGACUUAACACAAUCUAAUGUGGCCUCCAAAACAGUGCUUCAGGGGGGGGUGUCUUAGAUAUACCACAGGGUAAGAAAUGUAAAUGUCUGUUAAUUUCCCUGCCUUUGGGGAAGAAUCUCCUGCCUCUCGGAGCACAUGGAUUAGGACAGAAAGCUGACCCAUCGCCAGAGAUGCUCAUGGGUCAAAUGAUAGAGAGGACAUGAGUGUGGGACGUGCCUACAGAUUUCUCAGCCCAGAAGGAAAUCUCUGAUUCUCACCCGGUGUAAGGCUCUGACAGCGCAGCUAAUAGACUGCAAAAUAUUAUGAGAGAUCAGGGCAUGGAGGAAAAAGGAGUCCUGUAGCUCAGUGGUUAGAACCCU